CCGGCAGUCAGACAGCAGGUACUGUUGUUUCCCUUCUUAUUCUCUUUGUUCUGCCGGGCGGUCCCGGAGCAGAUUCGUUAUUCGAUUCCGGAGGAAAUGGCCAAAGGUUCCCUUGUGGGGAAGCUCGCCAACGAUUUGGGGUUGAGUAUCCGAGAGCUUCCGCAGCGAAAGCUCCGUGUCAAUUCGGAAAAGCAAUACUUCAGUGUGAAUGGGGGAAAUGGCAACCUGUAUGUGAAUGGCAGGAUAGACCGGGAGGAGAUAUGCGGGGAAACACCCCUUUGUGUCCUGACACUCGAAACGGUGGUGGAAAAUCCUCUGAAUGUUUUCCAUGUGAAUGUAGCAAUCCAGGACAUUAAUGAUAACGCCCCGCGGUUCAAGACAAACAACAUUGAUUUAGCAAUUAUAGAAUCCACACUGCCUGGUGUGCGAUUUCCACUAGAAUCUGCUCAAGAUCCAGACGUUGGGGUCAACUCACUGAAGAGUUACCAACUCAGCAAGAACCCGCAUUUUAUCCUGUCAGUAAACGAGAGUCCAGAUGAAAACAAAUAUGCUGAGUUAAUUUUGGAAAAAUCUUUGGAUCGGGAAAAGCAAAACUCUCAUCACUUGAUCCUGACGGCUGUGGAUGGGGGAGAUCCAGUCAGAACUGGGACGGUUCAGAUUAGGAUUAAUGUCACUGAUACCAAUGACAAUCGCCCCGAAUUUACUGAAGAGAUCUACAAAGUAAGCCUGAGAGAAAAUCUACCAAAUGGCUCCUUAGUGGUUCAGGUGAAAGCCACGGAUCAGGAUGAAGGGUUAAAUGGCCAAAUCACAUACAUGUUUAGCAACAUUAAAGAAAAUGCUCGUAAAUUAUUUCAUUUAGAUCCUGUGAAUGGAAGAAUUACAAAUACGGGGAUUCUGGAUUUUGAGAAAACAAAUACAUACACAAUACGUAUAGAGGCCAGAGAUGGGGGAGGACAAUCUGCUCAUUGCAAAGUUCAAAUAGAAAUUCUUGAUGAGAACGACAACGUCCCGGAAGUGACGUUCACAUCUAUAUCCAGUCCCAUUCCAGAAAACUCAGUAGCCGGCACAGUGGCGGCUCUGAUCAAAGCCUAUGACCGAGAUGCCGGUGAAAAUGGAGACGUCACCUGUCAUCUUCAACACAACUUGCCUUUUAAAAUAGUGUGGUCCUCUAAUAAUUAUUACAAAAUUCUCACAGACAGCACCCUGGACAGGGAGAGAACCCCGGAGUACAAUAUCACAAUCACAGCCACCGACAACGGCUCUCCCCCCCUCUCCACCCAGAAAACAAUCUUGUUACAAAUCUCGGAUAUCAAUGACAACGCCCCUGUCUUUGAGAAACCUUCCUACACCGCCUAUGUGCCAGAAAACAAUCCCUCGGGGGCCUCUAUUUUCAGUGUAAAAGCCUCAGACCGGGAUCUGGACCGGAACGCCCGAGUCACUUACUCCAUCUUGAGCAGCAACCUCCAGGAGCUGCCUCUCUCCAUUAACUCCCAGACCGGAGCUAUCUAUGCGCAGCGCUCCUUCGACUACGAGCAAUUCCGGGAGUUUGAAGUGCAAGUGAAGGCCCAAGACGGCGGGUCCCCGCCUCUCAGCAGCAAUGUCACCGUCAGGCUGUUUAUUCUGGAUCAGAAUGAUAACGCCCCUCGCAUCCUGUACCCUUCCCUCGGAGCCGAUGGCUCCGCCUUGUUCGAGAUGGUCCCUCGCUCGGCCGAGGCAGGUUAUCUGGUGACUAAGGUGGUGGCGGUGGAUGCUGACUCAGGACACAAUGCCUGGCUCUCCUACCAUCUGCUCCGGGCCACGGAACCGAGGCUCUUCAGCAUGGGGCUGCACACCGGGGAGAUCCGGACAGCCCGCGCCUUUGCGGACAGCGAUGCUGUGAAGCACAGGCUGGUCACCCUGGUGAAGGAUAACGGGCAGCCGCCUCUCUCCGCCACAGUGACUCUCAACCUGGUGUUUGCUGAGAACUUCCAAGAGGCUCUUCCGGAAAUGAGCGACCAAUCGGGUGACUCGGCACCUCAGUCUGAUUUACAGUUUUACUUGAUGUUGGCUUUAGCCUUGAUCUCAUUUUUGUUCCUCCUGACAGUUGCACUGGCCAUUGUGAUGAAAUGUGGAAGGUCGAUGAAUCUCCCAGUUUUGCGAUGUUUUGGUUCUGAUCGUUUUUCCAAGUCGGGUCCAGGAUUGCCCCCGAGCUACUGCGAUGGGACUUUAUCGUAUAGCUAUAAUCUGUGUUUAGCCGCAGACUCUGGUAAAACGGCGUUUAGUCUCCUAAAAUCAAAUGGUCAGAACUUCAUAGAAGAGAACAUUCUUUGCAGGGAUAACUCUGGAAUGCUACCUAUGAGCAGUAAAUCUGCGCCUGGAGACCCAAAGUCUGAAGCUGAAGCACUUGGAGACGUGAGUCUUUGUAUAGAUUCGCUCGUAUAUCAGGGCUUUUUAAAAUCCAUUUCUUUUAACUCAAAAUUAGAGUUCUUAAUAGUUAAAAAUAUUGUUAUUUGGAUUAGUUAUUUCUAG